UCCCUCCCUACCUCCCUCCAACCACGCAGAACAAACGCUAUAUUCAUCUGCUCCAGCUCCCAGUCCCUGAAACUCCCCGCAGGACCUCCUGGCUGCAGGAGCACUCAGCAGCACAAUGCCAUUCGUGCCACGGGGCGAAAACAGGCGAGCAGCGGCAGGCGCCUGCUCCGCGAAGCCAACAAUGUGGAGAACAUGCAGCGGUUUUUGCGCAUGGAGUCUCCUGUUCCUGACAGAGGUCUGUGCGCAGACCCAGCGGAGACCAAGCUUCACGUGCGGAGGAAACGUCACAGGGGACACUGGAGUGAUUGGGAGCCAGGGGUACCCAGGAGUUUACCCUCCUAACACCAAGUGUGUGUGGAGAAUCACAGUCCCUGAGGGCAAGGUGGUGGUCCUGUCAUUCCGCUUCAUUGACCUGGAGAGUGACAACCUGUGCCGCUACGACUACGUGGAUGUUUACAGCGGGCAUCCCAGCGGCCAGAGGCUCGGUCGCUUCUGUGGGACCUUCAAGCCAGGCGCCCUGGUCUCCACGGGCAACAAGAUGGUCCUGCAGAUGGUGUCUGAUGCCAACACGGCCGGCAGUGGCUUCCUGGCCGUUUUCUCUGCUGCACAUCCGCAUGAGAGAGGGGAACAGUACUGCGGAGGCAGAUUGGAUAAACCCUCUGGGACUUUCAAAACGCCCAACUGGCCUGAGAAGGACUACCCAGCGGGAGUCACCUGUUCCUGGCACUUAGUGGCACCAAAGAACCAGAUUAUUGAAGUCAAGUUUGAGAAGUUUGAUGUGGAAAGAGACAACUACUGCCGCUACGACCACGUCUCCAUUUUCAACGGGGCAGAAAUCAACGACGCCAAGAGGAUCGGGAAAUACUGUGGAGACAGCCCCCCAGCCCCAGUGUUCUCCGAGGGGAACCAGCUCCUAAUCCAGUUCCUGUCAGAUCUCAGUCUAACCGCAGACGGCUUCAUCGGACACUACAAGUUCAGACCAAAGAAGUUCCCCACCACCACGGCACCACCCACCACCACCACGCAGCCAGCCACCACCAGGCCCAUACCUCUGAAGUACUCCGUCGCCCUGUGCCAGCAGAAAUGCAAAAGACGGGGAACGCUCGAGACUAAUUACUGCUCCAGCAACUUUGUAAUAACCGGCACUGUUAUUACGGCGGUGAUGAGAGAAGGAAGCAUGUACGCCACAGUCUCCAUCAUCAACGUGUAUAAAGAAGGCAGCCUGGCCAUCCAGCAGGCAGGAAAGACCAUGAGCACCAAGAUCAUUAUCUUGUGCAAGAAGUGCCCAUUUAUCAGAAGAGGCUUGAACUACAUCUUCAUGGGCCAGGUGGACGAGGACGGCCGCGGGAAAAUCGCCCCGCAGCACUUCGUCAUGGCGUUCAAGACGAAGAACCAGAAGGUGCUCAACGUUCUGAAAAACAAGCACUGCUGAGCUGCAGUGGCUCUGAGGAUCUCCACUGGACUGGUGUGUGCCCGGGGGGGCUCAGCCGUGGAUGGAAAUCAAUUAUUAAGCAAGCAACAAAUCUCCGUCUCAACAACACAAACACGGGCCACAAAAAAACAACACUGAUUCUGGAUGCAGAGCUGCCAAAAAGUAAAAGGGAGCUCAGAUUUUUCUAUUUAUUAAUUUUGCUGUGGUUUUGGAAUAAACAAGAUAACAUUAAGAACUUCCUCAAUUUAAGACACAUCAGUUUGUCUCUUUCGCAACUUCAGCAAAUUUGGUAAUCAGCUCCAAUCUAUCUCCAUAUUCGCUGCUCAUUCGUACUCAUAGUCUGCAUAGUCACAUUCCUGUCAUACACUGCAGCCAGGAGCCCAGAAUAGAGUGUAUAGCAAUUCACAGACUCAUGUUUAUCUAUCAGAUUAUUUAAAAUGUUCUGAACUAGUAUGAUGGCUCCAUUAAGUUAAAAUCAAUUCAUAAUUGAAUUUUCCUUUUCAGGCUUUAGUGUGUUCUUGAUUAAGCAACAAUACUUGGCUAACUAAUAAGCCUGACUUGUAUCCAAAGGUGAUUCAUUGCAGCUGAUGUUGUCGGUUCAAUAGCGGUGUUCAGUUUUAAUGGGGGGGGUUAGGAAGUUUAAAAUGUGGUGAUUAAAGUGCAAUAUUUAAUAUAUACCUGUUUCUUUUUUUAAAAAAAUCGAUUUUCAUGCCGGUUCGAUGUGAAACAAAGACAUUCUUAGCUAAAGCUCCUUUCUUUAGUUUGUUUACAGAUGCAACGCUCCACCAUUAGCACACAUCACGUACUCACGUCAUCGUUUUUUAAAGGAAGAGGUAUGAAAUGAGAAAUAUUUUCAUAUGAAAAAGUCUGUGAAUAUUAUUUAUAUUUUACUGUUCUCAUUUGCCCAAAUAAAACUCCUGAAACAUUCAA